AUGCAGGUGGAGGAAGCGGCAGAGGACUGGGAGAGAGGAAAUGGAAAGAUUCAUCUGUUCAACGCGUGGCUCCCCCCCGCGGUGGCGGAGGAAACCAAGAGGGAGAAGGAGGCGUUCACGUCUGUCGUCAACUCAGUGAAGGAUUCGUGGCGGCCCGACGAUCCUGAGAGCGUCUACUCUACUCUCAAGUGGAUCUCCAUCAUUCAGCUGUGAGCCCUCUUGUUCAUCCGUUUUCUUUGGAGCUAAUUUCGUUGAUAGCUUUACAUUUUCGGGCGCUCCUCGCUAAUAUUUCUUUCUGUGUAAAAUUUUUUUGGAUUAAGUUUAGGGUUUGCACCAAUUCAGUUGAUUAGGCUGAUGCUUUUAAGUUCAGAAUUCGAGGCAUUUACGAGUUUCGCUUUCAAUCAUUUUGUGUGUACGAGAUAGAGUGUGAAACACGCUUUCUGUUUUCUAAUAUUUUAUGACACAGGCUGCUAAACUUUGUUUUUUCUCUGCUAUAACGGCUUCCUUUCUGGGGUUAUUUCUAAUUGCUCCAAUUUGCUGAAGUUGGUGCCAAAGCAUUCGUCAGAAUUUUGCUGUCCGAGUGGCUCAUUAGUUAGGCAAAAAUGUGGAGAUUUUAUGAGUCAGUGUUAAUUUCAUUGGUCCCUCUUCUCCGCACUAGUUUACUGCUUUUCGGAGAAGUGCAAAAAAGUGCAGUGGUUGAUAUUCUUCACAGUUGAUGAAAGAUUUCUAUGUUUCUGGAACAUUCAUGGAUGUUGACGUUUAUUUUUUCCUAUCAUAUUUAUUCAUUCUUAAGAAUUAUCUUAUUAGUGAAAACAUGAUACAAUUCCUAGAAUAUAGGGGAAAUCCAAGUGAAAGCCUAAAUGUAGUUGAAAAUUGGAGUGUAAAAACUUUCAUGGUUAUUAUUUUUGGGCAAUUAUAAAGCAGUCAUCUGAAAUGUAGUCAAGUGUUAAUGAGACUUGGCAUCCAAAUAUUAUCUUCAUAUGGCCGCUAGAAUUCAUGAAGUUUGAUGGAUUUAGUUGGAAGAUAUCUUGGAUCCGAUGAAAAAAAGAAGCAUAUGGACCUUAAGAUGAGGGAAAAUGGAGUCUGCUAUUGCCAGCACUUUAAGCAUCAUGGUAGAAAACAAGAAAAAUCGACAAGUCAAGGCUGACUUUCAUACCUUAUUUUAAUGAUGACGGUGAUGUAAUCGGUUUAUCAUUGGUCAGGGCUGAUGACUCUUUGUUGAGUGAUAAUACUACCAUAUGGACGAAUCUCAUUAUUGGACAAUUAAUAUGGCUGAUAUUUAUUCCAUUUUCUGGGUACCUUAUUUGGAGAGGAAUCUGGAUCUAACCCCUUGGCAAAUUGUUGUCAUUGAACAUGUCCGAAAGAGGUACCUUAUAUUUUUUAUUCGGAAAUUUCUUAGGGCUUCUACUUCUAUCUGAGAAUUUAUUUAUUCUAUUAAUUUCUUAGUUCUGUUUAUUGGAUUUUUUUUGUCUGAUGCUAUGUUACCAUACCUCAAAAACACAUUUUACAUAAGUCAUAGACUAUGUUCUGGCCAUUUUUUUUUCGAGUGUUCUAAAUGUGAAUGCAAAGAUCAAAAAAACUUGAGUGGAGGAAAUGAAGAAAAUAUGAAAAUUUUCAUGUUGAAUUUUAAAAUGGUAGAUGGUAGGGCAUACUGAUGAUAUACGGGUUGGUCUCAAAUGGGAUCAUGUAUUUACGUUUUUGGAAGGAGUGGCCAUUUUUUAUUUAUUUAUCGUGAAUUUUCGGGUGCCUUCUUCUGUCUCUCUGGCAGUUGUAUGACGAUUUAUUUAUGUAUCCCAUGAAUUUUUUUUAAUUUCUUAAUCAGCUAGUUUCUUCGUCCUUUAUGUGAACGAAGACUGUUGUCUUCAAGUACAGGCUUUUAUUUCGCUUUUUCUCUCAUUCAAAAUUAUUGUAAUUUUUUCCAUUGUUUUUUUAAAUUGGCAAUUAAUGCGCUUUUCUAUAUAAUUUUGUGCAGUUAUAUCAAAGCCAAAAGUGAAGUCUCUAUCAUAGAUGUGAAAGCCCUUGUGGAAGUAGGUUUAGAAGUAUUUCAUGCAUCACAGAACAAACUUUAUGCUCAGGUAUUGAGAAUUUUUUUUAUACAUUAUGUUAGUUAUUUUUGAUCUCUUGAAGUUUUUGAUUUUUAUGAUGACGUUGAAUUUGACUAUUGCUGAUUAGGUUAGAUGGGGAGGCAUUUUAUUCAGAUUACUGAAGAAGUUUAGUAAGAAGUUAUCGUUAGAAGUUCAAUGGAGACCUUUCUAUGAUAUGCUGAUGCAUACACACUUCAAAAGGUGGGUUCCUAGUUUUUGAAUCAAUUCAGUUCAAUACCAAAAUGUGUAAAUACUUUUUUUAUCGAAGCAGAUUAUCAUUUGUUUCUUUGUUUAUGAGAUUUCACUAUUAGGUUCAAGGUCCUCGUAUAAAAGUAAUCAGGGUAAUGCAUGGAGUGUUAAUAUAUGUUCUUCCAGCUGAAAACGAGAUAGCACUUCAUCAGGCGGUAAAUCAAGUGUUCUUAAUAAUCUUCAGCUUUGAAAGGGCAAUCUAAGCCUAGAAAAUGUCAUGACUUAGUUGGUCAGUGUCGGGUCUACACAUCCCACAUCAAAACAGUGCGUAGACACCAAACAUGGGCCUAGAUAAAACAGGAUUUGCAUGGAACGUUCCAUAGUAGUCUCAUCCUUUCCAGGUGCAUAAGCAUCGGUCUUUUAUUGUUGCCCUUAUCCUUUUUAAGUUUGCCAUGGUUAAUCAUGCCAAUGUCUCCUGCUUGGGCCAGUCUGUUGUAUGAACAAGGACCCAUUUUAGGUCCAACUAGGACCCAUUAGAUGAACAAGCUAACGGUAAUAAAAUUGCUUUUGUUUUUCCUGCUAUGCAUCCUGGACUGUCUUUUUGUAACAUGAGUUCAAUUAUUAUUACAUGCAUAAUUAUUUUCUGUUAUUUAUAAAUAUAUGUGAUAUUAUUCUGUUCAGUUCCAGAUCAGAGUUUUUUUUAAAUGUCCAUGUGUUGUGGAACUAUUGGGGUGGUUUGGACUGGCAGUUGUUUCUGAAAUAAGAUUAUAGCCUGUUAUGUAUUAUUUGAGGCUGCCCGUAAUAACUCCAACGGACCAGCAAGCAGCUAACUAUAAAUUAAUGUUCGGAGAGUUCAAUAUAAUUUGGUUGCUUCGAGGUAGGAAAAUCCCUUGAGUCACCUUUGAUACGACUGCAUUCUGAUUCACUGGAGCAUAUAUUCAGGGGUUGUUUUGUGUUGUGUGAUGGUUCCGUGUAUAUAAGCUGCUAAUAUGUUUAAUGACGCUUUUAUUUUAAUAUCUCUUCAAAUGAACUGUGGCCUGUCGACCACCUUCCAGGAAAAAAUGAAAUUCACGUUUAAUCCCUGCAACAUUCUUAAAAUACAUAAGCGUAAUUUUAGAACGUAAUGAGAAUUUGAUGUCAUGAAAGACUCCUCGAUGGGAAGCCUUUUGUCGGAUUGCAUUCUGAUGCAAACCAAACAAGACUAACAGUGGGGAAAUUUUUCUGUCAUGUCAAUUCAUAAACAAUUGCUGGUUAUAUGGAAUAAUCCUGGCCUCAAAAAAAGGGAAGCUGCCUUCGCUGAAUCCCAAGAUUUAUAGGAUACUCAACCAAAUUAGGAAACUGACCGACAAUAGGAAACUGAGAAAAUAAGGAAGCUGACCGACAGUAGGAAACUAACCAGCAUCCUAAGCCUUAGUUAUACUCUGUCAACGGGUUUCUUUUUCGUAAAACGUUCUAAAAAUAUCCCAGAGGUUGCUGAUGGUUUAAAGAAGAGGAUGUUCACUUCUAAAAAAUUAAAGAGAAUCUUUAUAAAUUCCCGAUCAUCGAAUUUGAGCAACUUGUACUCUCAUCUAUCUUAUAAGCUCGAGAAACGACAAGUCACUAUAGUCUGGGCUACCUUUAAAAUCCUACUCCAGGGAAACACAUUUUGUCUUCUUCCAUGCCUUUGUGGGACUUCAGACUGUUCCUAGUUUGCACAGCGUGUUUGGAGGUAACCAUAAUUUGUUGAAUAGUUUCAAAUAAUGUUGCUUGUUAGCUUUAAGAUCAAUGAUUCUUUAAAAUCCCCUCAAAUAGAUUUAGGGGGAAUCUUUGGCAAGCUUGUACUCUAAUUGGAGGAAGGUUGCUCUUUCACAGGGUUGGGAAGGGAUAGCUCCUAACCUUGAGUUUAAAAAAUGAACUAAACUUUGUUAUGAUUUGGCAAUGUUAGUCCUCCGGUGUUGGACAUGGCCUGUUAGGUGAGAGACAAAAAGGAUCAUCAUGUGGACUUGGUAAUCUUUUUGUCCACUCAAUGUGGGCACGAAUUUGUGCACUUGAUAGCAGUAUUCAAUUUGGUCAUUAUCGAUUCUUAAAUGUUUAAACUACUUGUUGGUGGUGAAUUUUAGAGCUUCACCCAAUCUAUUUGGAAAUUCGGCUGUUGAUUUACUACUCGUCGAAUAUUCACUAAGUAUAAAUGCCACCAUACCCUUUGAAAGGAUUGCCUGUGGUUCUUAUUGGCCUCAUUCCAUAUUAAUCACAUUGCUUAGUUACUCCCCUUUGCACCGGGUUUUCCUUAUUACUAGUUCAGUUUUGCUGUUUCUUUUGAAUUUAUUAUUACCUAUGUUUUUUACUGAGAAUUAUCUGGAGGGAGCUAUAUAGGUUUUUUGGCGUAUCCUUUGAGGUGUAAAUGACUGUAAUUUUUAUACACACGCACUCAACUUGCAUUUCUUGAUAGAAAUACAGGUCCAGAGGGAUGGAGACUGAGACAACGGCAUUUUGAGACCUUGACUUCCCUGGUUCAAAAUUGUCGAAAGUUCUUCCCAUCAGGUUCUGCUUCUGAGAUAUGGUCGGAGUUCAGGUAUCAUCUGUGGCUUAUCUUAUGUACAAUGUUGCUUUCCUUUGUUCUGUGAUUGUGCGUUCAUGUAUUCCCUGAGUGUUAUUUGGCAUGAAGAAUGGCGAAAAUACUUUCCUUAAACUUGAUUCUGUGCUGUUUGUAUCUGUUUGACAUUGGUCAUUGCCCUUAGCUACCUGCCUUUAUCGUUUGGGCUCAUUUGGAACGUUUUAAUGAUUUUGAUUAGCUUGCAUUCCCAUUUUUAACUCGAAUCCACGCUGGAAAAUAUUUUUGUUGUAUGGGUAGUGAUUUUGACUUAUGCAAGCUUCAAGUGAUCGUUUGAAUCCUUUUUGUAGCCCAAAUGUGAAAAAUCUCCAAAAAUAAGUGGUCUUGUCCUUGGUGAUUUUCAUGACUUAGUGCCAAAGAGGCUGAUUUUGAGUGGCUAAAUCAAGUCACUUACUAGUGGUUUGAUAAACAGUUGGAACUAGAAUAGGCUGAGUUGUCAAAAUUUAUCAGAGAUAUACCCAGCGAUCCAAGUCUGAUAACCUUAGAUGGCUGAGUGAAUGACGUGAGGCCCAGGUAGGUAUAGACUUGGGUAAAGUCAGCCUAUUCGACUAAAAGGUCUAACGGUGGGAACAUAGCCUACUUAACUUAUUCCUACUAGUAAGUUAACUUAUUCCUACUAGUGUGUUAUCAAAUUUAAAAAAUAAAUUAAUUGACCUAAGUUAAGCUAUGUCACAAGAAACCUUUGACACAGGCAUAAACUUUAUCACCCUUGCUCAGCUUUUCUGAAAAACUGGAAACAGUACAUGAAGAAAUGUUAAUGAACCGACUUGAACUUCAAAAAUCCAGACGAUUGGUAAUCAUCAAUGACUUGGAAGUUUUGGAAUGUUGGUGAUCUUCGUUUUUGUUGUUGAAUCAAGCUGGUCUCCUUUUUCAGGCAUACUCUAAGUAUACUAAUUUUUUUAUUUCUAAUUUAAAAAAAAUGAAAAAAUGAAAAAAGUGAAAAUAUAAUCAUCCCAAUUUCAGUGGUGUAGAAAUAUGUCUUUGUAGCUUUAGGCCUAUUAUUAUCCAGUGUUGGCAGAUUACUCUGAGGAAGAAUCUCAAUACUCUAUCAUAGGAACACAAACUUGUCUGGUUACAUGAUUAUGGAAUUAUGUGGUUGUUUGGUUCCGUUUCUGCAUAUUCCCGAGCUUGAUCCAUUGGAAAUUGGGUCUCUAGUGGGGCUGGUGAUGCUGUUUUGGGAUCAUGGGACUCUUCACACCGUAACAUCACACCUUGCAUCUUUCCAGAAGCUAAGCUUACCCUGGUCACAACCUUAACAUAAAUGCAAAUAAUAACCGUGGAACUCUCGUUUCGGAGUGAAUUUGUUUCCUUGAAAGUUUCCUAAUAUAUUCCAAACUAUUUAAGACAAAUUUAAAGAAAAAAGGGACACUGCAACAACUCUACACAAUGAAAAACAAAACUAAAUGAUGAUUAAUAAUGUUACACCAUGUAUCUGUUAAAAAUGUUCUCAUUAUCUGUGAUAUUUGCAGUUGUAAACAGCCGAGAAUGAUGUAUUUUCCCACAUGUUAGGUUUUCUAUUCGUUAUAUUUGAGGAAUCAUUCUGAAUAAAGAUGUUUUUUUGGGAAUGCCCAAUCUUGUUUCAUUUGGGAAGGGAGCUUUCAGAUUUAGAGAGGAUCAAUGAUGUUCUGUCUAACCUGUAGAAGCUAAGUUUCCUCCACUACAUCAGAUCUUGAAAGAUGAAGAAGAGGUCCAUAAAGUAGGUAACAGUUCCUUUAAAUUUCGACUUCAGAUCAGCAGAGAUUUUAGCUGCAGAAGUCGAUGAAUGCUGCAAACUCUUCCUCUACCUUUGAAGUAUGGCAUUCAGCUUGUUCUGGAGGAAAAAAAACUGCCGAUGUGGACAAGGGAAUUCCACGUGUAAAUCUCUAUUAGAAAGACCAGCGAAGGGGGCACAUACAUUGUGAAUGCCCUGACUAUCAUCUCUUAUAAGUGCACAUCUGAACGUUUUGAACUUGGCUGAGGCAUUUUGUCUUCCCAGAACUGAGAAAUUCUAAGACAAUGGGGAGCUUUAGUUGUAGAGAAAAGAUAAUUUUCGGCAAAAUAUUUGGGUAUACAUGAGGAGAGCAAAUGUAUGGUUUCCAAAUAAAUUGCGCUUUGUGAAAUUUCGUCUAAUUCCGUUAAGACUAAUUGCCGUCAAAUAUUUAAAUAUCACGUUGCCAUCCAUUUGGAGUUUGGCUAACUAUGUUAUGUCUAUUUCUGAACUAAUUUGCAGACCUGGACUGGAAAAUCCCUGGCAUAAUUCAGUCUUUGAGGUUUCUGGCUUUGUCAAACUGUUUCUUCCCAUGAACUUGGAGAACAAGGACUUCUUUACCAAGUAUUAAGCAAAGGCUCUCUGAAUUUUUUUUUCUUGAAGAUCGCUGUUUUUAUAUUCACCUCAUUUCAUUACAACUUUUGCAUUUCAGUGAAUGGAUUAAAGAGUGCAUUGAUCUGUGGGAGUUGGUUCCAAAUUGUCAAUUUUGGGAUGUCCAAUGGGCUUCAGUUUUUGCUCGUUGCAUCAGACACCAUAAAUCACUUGACUGGGAGGAGUUCAUGUCAGCACUUUUUACCAAAUAUUUGAAUUUGUUUGAGGUGAGGAACAUUUUCCAUUACGACAAACCUGAUUUCUUUCAUCUCCUGUUCUAUCUUAUAGAAUCAGUUUUGCCAAAUGCUUAGUGUUGGUGUUGCAUCAGAACUUACGUUUUCAUUAGGUGUUUAUGCUACACUCAUGGUCUUAUAUAUUUUUUUUGUUGCCGAGAACCUGGGCAUCUCAACUUGGAUCUCAAAUCCCUGUUUCUAAUUUUACUUGCUAAUAUUGUUAGUUCAUUGUUUAUUGAUGCUUGCCCUUGUUGGUCUAUGAAGUCCUAUGGCUACUAGAAAAUUUCUCUUGUAUAAUGUAGGGUUGUAGUUUUUUUUGUUAUUAUAUGUAUGUGGAUUAUUCUCAUCAUGAAUCAGUUUUUCCGUCAAGGAAUUUCUUUCGUUUUUGUCUCUUGGAUGUGAAGUCUGUGCUAUAGGUGAUUUUUCCUUUUGUCAUAGCCGGAACUCUUUUUAUCUUAUAGACUACCGAUACAUUUAUUUUCUAGUCUUUCAGCAUUUGAUGCAUUCUGUUGUACUUGCCUCUAUCCUCUGGAUAACCUUGUUGGUGAUCUCCUUGUGUCUUAGAUACAGGCUUUCUCAUUAACUAUGAUAUAAAUUGCCCUCUUCUUCUUGGUUGUUAACUUUUGGAGCAUUCUUUAUUGGUACACUCGUCUGUUCCCACAGCUGAGCUAAUGAUGCAUGCUCUUAUACGCACAGAUCCUUCCAUUCCGAGAUUUUAAUAUGAUGCUAUAACCUUCUAUAAAUUAGUUAGCCGACCAUUUAAGAUUGUCUGAGGAAAUGAAUGCGGUCUUUUCACCUUGUGGAUGUAAUCCAUUCCGUUUCAUUUACAUUUAAACGUACAUGGACAUUUGUGUAUGUUUAUCUGUAUAUCUUAUGUGUCCUCAUUUGUUGUGAAGAUUCGCAUGUUUUAUAAUUCUUGCUUGUGCUUUUAUAGCAGGUCUGUUUUGAUUAUUCCAUGUGGUACUUGGAUGCAGUCUCUUCCAUUUUGACCGUACUUCUUCCACUUUUUCAGGUUCCAAUAUCUAGUCGCAGUGGUUCACAUCCUUACUCUUUGGACGUCCCUCCAAAUAUACGUUACUUAUUUAACGAGAAAACUAAUAUUCCUGCAAAAUCUGUCGCAAAUGCAAUUGUAAGUUUGAUGUUGUAUUUUGUUUUAAAAUACGAUUGCUCCUAAUUUGAGUGAAAAGCCACCCAGAAGUUAUAGUUUAUCAUCUCUUUAACUUUUCAGAUUCAUCUUUUGAAGCCUGGGAAUUCAGCACAACUGUACUUUGAGAAAUUGACAAAUAUCUUGGAACAGUUAGUUUUCUCUCUAUGACCAAUAGUUUCUGAUGCUGUGUACCAUUCAUCAUAUUCUCUCAUUUCUGAUGUCGUUUAAUGGCUUAGAUAUUACCAUCCGUCGAAUGGGGGCCGCUGGACUUACUCAUUGGAGCGCUUCCUCAGGCACUUGACGAUUUCAUUCCAGAAACGACUGCAUCGUGAACAACUGUGAGAAUUUUCUCUACAUAACUGCCCGGUGAACUAAUCCAACUCUACAAUGUGUCUCUAAUCUUAAUGUUGCCUUUCAGCAAGAUAAAUGAUGUCACUGUGGCUGAAUUUUCUCUGGGGAAAUCAGAACGAGUUUCUUUUGUUAAGAUGAUUCUGAAGAUAAUUGAUCGCGGUCAGUACAGUAAAAAUAACCCUCUCGCUGAAACUGUUGCUGCUACCAUUUCGACUUUAUCGUAUGUAGAGCCUUCACUGGUGCUUCCAUUUAUUGCAUCUCGCUUCCACCUUGCUUUGGAGACGGUGAGUAAUUUUUUCGAUCACUAUCUUGUUCGUUUUUCCUUCCAUCUUUAAUCUAAUAUAUAGUGUCCUUGUCUUCGCGCCAUUCUAUUGACAUCGCAUAUUGUCAAUUCCAAUUAGGUGACAGCAACGCACCAACUGAAGGCUGCCAUAACAUCUGUAGCAUUUACUGUACGACCCCUUCUGGCAUCACUAGCAGAUCCACUUUCUCUGAGUGAUAACCCAUCUACCUCUAAUCUCUUAAUAAUAUGUCUAUCCAAUGCCUUGCUUGGCUUGGAUGCAAAUGAUCCGCCAAAAACCUUGGCAACAAUGCAAUUGAUAGCAUCUAUAUUCUCCAAUGUAAGUCUGGAAGUUAAAUUUAUGGAAAAUUUCCUGUAGGGUCGCACUUUUUUAUCUAAUGUAUCCGUGCUGUAUUUGCAGUUGGCUGAGAUAAAUGAUAAUGAAAAUAUGCCUGCAGUGCUACAGAACAUUAGCUUCUCUGAAUGGCUUGAUGAAUUUUUUGAUCGUUUAUUUUCUCUUCUUCAACAUUUGGAACCAAGUAGCACUGUGUAAGUCAUCUGAUCACUUUUUUCUUUUUUUCUUUUCUGAAGCCUGAUCUGGUUGUAAUUUAUAUUCUAUGAUUUACACAGGAAUGAAGGAAUGAACGUUUCAAACACAUCUGAAACUUUUCUUCUUGAUGAUAGUUCUUAUUAUUUUUGUAUGCUGGAAAUCUUGCUUGGGAAAUUGUCAAAGCCUCUAUUAAAUCGGGUUCACUUUUCUAGAACACCCAGUCUAUUUGUCAUUGUAUUCUUCUAUUCUAUCACGAUCAUGUUGAGUAAAUCUUUUCUUUAUCGUGCAGUCGUUGAAGAAGAUUUCCAAAUUUGUGAAUACAAAUAUUCUUCCUGGAGCUGUCUCUGAAAUCGGGCUUCUUUGUUGUACUUGCCUUUAUUCUAAUCCAGUUGACGCCGGUGUCUAUAUUAUUAAACCGCUUCUAAUCUCUAUCAUUGACUCUUUGAAAGAAUUCCCUGCUUCUGGAUUUGGUGAAAACGGAUCUUCCAGUACAUCAUUUUCAACCAAGGUUUUCUUCAGAACAAGAAUGUAGCUGUGGUUUACAUUUUCUGUCUUCUGUUUUAUUUGACAUCAAAAACCAAUUUGCAGGCUACCCCCUCUCCAGCUUUAGAAACAACUCUGGAGUACCAACUUAAGGUAUUGUCUGCAGCGAUCUGUUAUGGAGGUCCUGUUCUACUCCAUUAUAGAGAGGAAUUGAAAAGAGCAGUUGCAUCUGCAUUCAAUGCUCACUCUUGGAAGGUUUUUGAAUUACACUCUUUGAAUUGUUUUCCUUUGUUAAUCAUUAAGUACAUUGAUGUAGUCUUAUGCAGACAUUAGUUUUUUGAUGAAAAAUGUAUUAUUUUGUGAAAAAUAGGUUUAUGGAGCUGGUGAUCAUCUACUUCGUUCCCUCCUUGGAAGCCUUGUCUUUUAUUAUCCAAUUGAGCAGCACAAGUACGUGUUUUUCCCGUGUCUAUUAACACCCUUAUUUAGUUAACAGACAUGCCCUUGUAUUCUUCUCAAUUAGUAUAAAGAGCAUUUGAACAGCAAAUAGGUUUCGUCAUACAUGAAACAAUUUUCAUCUCUUAAACUCUGGCUUCAAUAAGCAUUGGAUGUAUAAGCAUUUUCCUUUCUGCCAUGCACCUAUUCCUUCAGCUCGAACUCAACAGCCUGAAACAUCACCUACGUGUAAAGCAGAAGCUCGAACUCAACAGUGUACUCCAGUUUGAAGACCUUUGUAGAUUCUUCGUUUGGCCAUCUCAUUCUUUCCUUCUUUCAGGUGUGUCUCUCGCCAUCCAGAUGUCACUGGUCUAGAAGAAUGGAUUUGCUCAAAAACCAUAGAAGCAGGGAGACCUGAAUUUCUUCCCAAGUGGCAUAUUCCCUCUGCCGAUGAAAUAUCAUUUGCCAAUGAACUCCUGGAUCUGCAUCUACAAUCUGCUUUGGACAGCCUUUUAAGAAUAUGUCAGACAAAGAUACAUUAUGAAGCUGGUAAGAUGGUUUCUGGCAGUAUCCCAGUAAUGUCAAUGCAAUUAAUUAUGUUAGCCCAGUGCUGGCAAUAGUUCUGAUGUUUAAUUAGCUUGCUGUAAGCUAGUUGCUUUUAUGAAGUUGACAUCCCCUUGGGCUGAUUUUUAAUAUGAGAGGCGAAAUAUCUGCUAAAGAUUUUUGUGAUGUACCUGAUUCAAAAUUUUAUCACAUAUUCAUGUCAGAUAUUUUUACAAGAUUCUUAAUUCCAUUCUUGCAUUGUUGCACAAAAUCGUUUGAUGCCCUACGGCAUGCCAAUGUAGUUCAUUGGUGAACUCUGGGAUCACUGAGAGCUACAUAAUCAAACUUGUCAUCAGUAAUACCUGUUUCUAGUUUCUGCUGCUCAACCAAUAUAAUCCACGUGCCAAAGUAUUUAUUUGGGUUGAUUUAUAUGCGGUAUAGUUUAGUUCUAGGAAAGUAAAUGAUUUAUCUGACUUUUAUUCAUUUCCUUGAAAUUUUUUAGUCCUUGGAAAUUUUUAUAUACCAUCUUCGUAGCUAAUUACUUCUUCUAAAAUUGAUUUAUUGAUCAGGCAGUAUGUUACUGUGUGCCUUGAUUUCUGUUUCUGUGUCCUGAACAUUCUUCUGAGCAGGAAAUGAAAAGGAGCACCUAAAAGUUACUCUUCUGCGUAUUUAUUCUUCAUUACGCGGUGUGCAGUCAUGUUUGCCUGACCUCCGUUCCUCAAAUGAAAAGGGAGAAAUCAUCAACAAUGACGAAUAUGAUAAUUUUCUGAUUGCUGGAGCUGCUGGUUUGACUGUUGGGAGUUCUGAACUCAGGGAAAAAGCUUCAGAGGUCAUGCAUGAAGCCUGCAAGUAAGAUUUGUUAUUCAAUAAUUUUAUCAUAUUCCCUCCAAAAUAAUUUUUUUCUCAUUGAUGUUUACUGUGGAGCAGGUACAUAUUGGAUAAGAGAUCAGAUGAUAGCAUACUUCUGAUCCUUGUCAUCCGUAUAAUGGAUACUCUCGGAAAUUUUGGUAAGAAUGAGACACCUUAUUAGAGUAGGACCAUCUGGUUUUAUACCAGAUUCACGGAUCACUGCUUCUUUGGUCAAAUUGCCUUCUAUAUUUUAAAUACUCCUUUUUCUCUGACAUAGGAAGUACGGAGUAUGAAGAGUGGUCAAAUCAUCUCCACUCUUGGAAGUAUGAAUCAGCUUCCACAGUUGAGCCGCCAUUCAACUUCAUCAUUUCUUCUCCUGCCCGAGGAAAGAAAAGGUGAGGGAUUCAUUUGAUGGUCGAAAUGUUGUGUGCCAUUUUAAUUCUUUUCCAUGACUUUAUCUCUUUUUUCGUGUUUUCAGGCCAAGGUGGGCGAUAAUUGAAAAAGUAAACAUGCAUAAUAUAUGGCGCUCCUCACAAUCAUCUUAUCAUAAAUUUCGCUCAAAUAGCAGUCUAUCUCCUUCAGUGUACCUUGUGCUUCUGAUGGAAGAUCUUCUGAAUCUCUCUUUCCAUCAAUAUGGCUCUGUUCGCUCGUAAGUUUUGCAGACCAACUUUUUAUAGUGUGUGUCUUGACGUUUUCGCAUUGUAAUCUAACUUAUGCCAUGAAAAUUGCAAUCGCUUAUGUUACUUAAUAUUAGAUGAAUUUAAUAGCUUUCAUACUUACUGGCAACUGAAGAUAAUAACAUUGAUUCUUUCUAAUUUUUUAUAAACAUAAGGCAUCUUUGCUGACAAAACUCCUGCAACCUCUUCUUUGUGAAUCUAGCUUCAGAAAAGAGUUCGACUACAGGAAGCAAAAGAACAGUGAAUGAAUCUAAUUUGUUUGCUUUCCACAACACAAUGUAAUUUCCAUGGCUUUGAAUUGGUAAAACUGAUUAGGUGUUGCUUUAUAAAACUGACUGUUAUCAUGCAUCUUUAUCUCACUUGUUUGGCAUAUAUGAGAACAGGAUCUCCCAAACUUUCUCAUGUUGCAAGAUGAGAUUAUUGUGCAAGGAAGAGAAGGAAAUAACUUGUCAUAUUUGCCAUCAAAUCCCCAGGGUUGACCAGUGAUGGAUGGUGGUGGUGGUCUAAUGGUAAUGUUGUGACCAGUGUGACUGUUGUAUGUAGGCAAUGGCCAUCGUAACUCUGACGAAAAAAUGAGGAAUCACAUAGGACUUUAUGGUUCAGGUUCUCCUCUAUUAUUAAAUGACAUGUGAAAGCUGAAUCACCUGUCAACAUUAGAUAUCUAGUCCUUUCGCAUCAUUUGGAGACGAGUGAUUAAGUCUCUGCAAUGGAGACGUUCACAGAUCAGUUCAAUUUCAAACUGGAUUGACGCUCGCAAUUGACUUCCAAUCAGCGUUUCGAAACAAUGUGCUAAUGGUUAUGUUUGAACAUGAUACUCAAUUACAUAGCAGUGAUUCAAUUAUUAAGAAUGCAUUCGGAAGAGAAUUAAUUUGCACAUGUUUACGUUUGCAGUGCUGGGUUGAAUGGCUAACAUAGUGGGCUUUUUUAAUAUAGUUUUUCCAUUCAUACUAGGCAGGCAAAAUAAUUAUCCCCAUUCAUUCUUAUCUUUCUGAAAUCAUUGGUAUGAUCAUCAAUUCUGCAUCAAUAAAAAAAGACUCAUGUUUGCACAUUUAUUCAGUAGCCAAUGCCAUCCUUGCCUUCAUCCCACGAAACAAGCUAGUUUAUUACAUGGCACAAGCAUGCUGAACUUGUGAUGUUUGACACAUGGUACUUCGAGUGACUAUAUAAAAGAUUUGGUACUCGUGCAUUAGUCUCGCAUAGCUUGUAACUAAUUGGCAUGAUUACUUAAGAAAGAAAACAGUAUUUUUUUUGGGAGCAUGAUUUCAGAAGCACAGUACAUUUUCCAAGCUCUGUAAGUUCUUAUUUCAUUCAGAACACGUUCACAGAAUUUAUGUUUUUCAUUGAUGAACAAAACUUAGUGGCCAAACAGAAAGAUCGUUAUGUGAAAUAUGCGAAAUUUUGGUAGCCUGGAAUCGAAAGAUUGUUAGCCUUGGCAUGUAGGUUUUCUUUCCUUCAAUUAUAUUACAUCGUUUCUCUUAAUCCAUGGGCUCAUCUUGAUACCUCAGUGCUUGAAACCUGAUCCGAUUUUCGAAGGGCUCACUUAGAUCAAGACUUGACCACGUUUCUCUAGCUGUAGUGUUCCUUAAAUCUAUAUGCUUCUUCUAGAAGAGUUCCACGUCCCUUAUUCCUUUGAAAUUAAAUCAUUUUUUGAAAACUAACCUUGAAUCAUGUAAUAUCGAUCCGAUAAUAAAUACUGAUUUCCAAUGCUUGAAUCAUAAAUAACUGAACAGAUGCCAUGACCAAAGAUAAGCAUGUAUUGGAAACAGAAGUUUUUAAGGUAUAACGUUUUAAAUCAGAGGCAUCUACCAAUCUCUGAUUACCUCAUCAAAAUCAGAGAUGGCGAUCAGAAGAUGUCGACUGUCCUGUGCUCUCACAUGGAUGGCUAUUUUUUUUAUUAGUUCUUCUACAUGGAUGUCACGAAGAGAAUAUCCCAUCCAACUUGGAACCUGAUUUUCUAUCCAUGUGAAAUAAGUCAUGGUUUUAAAACCUUUAGCCUUGCUCUCGUAUUCAGACCUGCUUGAGUUUUAAUUGCUCUUUCAUUAAGGUGCACAACUGGUAAACAGAAUGACCAAACAGUUUUGUGUUUAUUGGAGUAGUGGUUUUAGUCUGACGUGGCUAACUAUGCAUAAUCGUUGUGACAUUAUUUUUUGGCGUAUUCUUGUUAAGCCUUCUCAAUUGAUUUUCUUUUUAAUGUUCUCCAAAAAAGGCUCAUCUUGCAUCGUUUUGGAGUCUAAGUAAUUUCCUUUUCUCACAUAUCUUUUUUUUGCCAGUUUUUUUUUUGAUCCCUCUUUCCAUUGUCCCAUAGGCGUGCUGGAAAAACUCUCCUAAAAAUACUCAAGCGGUGGCCACGAUUAAUUGCAAAAUGUGUUCUUACUUUGACUGAGAAACUUCAUGAUCCAACAUCAUCGGAGCAUGUAGUUUUAGGCUCAUGCUCUGUUCUUAGUGCACAAACUAUUCUCAGGCAUUUGACGAUGGUAUCUUCUACUUUUAUAAUCUCUGCUUAUAUUCCAGUCAUUAAUAAUUUUGACUCAACGUUUUUUUUGCAACAACAGGAUGCUAGUUCCUUUUCAUCCUUCGUCUUGGGCCUUCUUUCUAGGUAACCUUUGUGCCUAUUUUUUCCUUUUUUUGCCAUUCCCUUUUUACACUAUUUCUUUGGUAGCAUCGCUUGAUUUGGAUCUCACUUUUUUCAUGUUUUAUAGUUCUCACCAUGAAUCAUUGAAAGCCCAGAAAGCUAUCAGCGAGGUAUGAUAUUAUUGUUAAUUUUUGUCGAUUUAAUUUACAUCAUCUGUGUUUUCACUUUUUUGUGAUGUUUUUACUGAAACAGCUAUUUGUUAAAUAUAACAUUCACUUUGCUGGGCUACCUAAGUCUUUCUUCAAGAACCUAGACAAUUCGUUAGAACAAACAGAGUUUCAGACUUUGAUUUCUAAGAUCAGUUCCAUGAGCUUUUCUUCUAAUGGGCUGCAUUGGAGGUACUUUCCCUCAUAUUCUUUGGCUCACUUUAUUUCUCUAGCAAUGGUGAUUUAUUUGCUUGCAUUUCUCAUUUGCAAGAUCCCUGUCAUGCUAAUUGUGUUGAACCGAGUAACUUGAUUGUUUUGCAGGUAUCAUCUAAUGGCUAACCGAGUACUGUUGUUGUUGACUUUGGCUUCUAGAAGUGACUCUAGUUUCUCUUCUCAAUUACUCGGUGAAACUACUGGUCAGUGCUGGUCAUGAAUAACGUUGUCCUUUUAUUUUAUGUGAAUUACUGUGGAAGUAGUUUAUUCUUAAACCUAUACUAAUUUCCUUAAUCAACACAGCUACUUAUAUCUGUACCCUUGCCUAAAUAACUGCCAAAUUCCGGCUUCUUUAAAGGUUUAACAGUGGUUAAUAUCUGAUCAGGGCAUUUCCUAAGGACUUUAAAAAGUCAGCAGCCUCAGUCAAGGAUGCUUGCAAUCUCAGCUUUGAACACUCUCUUGCAAGGGUCUCAUCGGAAAACUGCUGUUGAGAAACAACUUCAGAGCAUGGAAGAUUCAAGAGAUAAAAAUAGACCCCCUCUUGAGGGGGUCUUAGUCCAGAUUUUACAGGAAGAUGAUUUCUUCGGCGAAACUCUGAAGAGCCUUUCCCAUGUUCAUGUGAUAGCUGAUCUGGAGGGCUCGAGAGCAGAUUAUGGAUCCCUACAGAGCUCAACAGAUAAAGCUAUCACUUCAUUCUACUUUGAAUUUUCUGCCUCAUGGCCACGCACUCCCAGUUGGGUAUCUUUGUCAGGGGGUAACUCCUUUUACUCCAAGUUCGCCCGGAUUUUUAAGAGAUUAACGCAAGAAUGCGGAACUCCAUUAAUUAUAGCAAUUCGUGUUGCAAUUGAAGAGCUUGUGAGUGCAACAGAGAGACCAAUGCAAUGUGUUGCUGCUGAAGCCUUUGCUGGGAUGCUGCAUUCUGAUAUCAGUGAUUUGUCAGCUGCCUGGGAUAACUGGGUAAUGGUCCAAUUGCAGAAAAUUAUUUCAGCUCCAUCCGUGGAGUCUAUACCAGAAUGGGCAGCUUGUGUUCGGUACGCUGUCACAGGCAAAGGAAAAUAUGGUACAAGAGCUCCCUUGUUGAGGCAGCAAAUUCUGGAUUGUUUGCUAAGACCAUUGCUGCAAAUGGUUCCCACAAGUAUGGUGGCAAAGAGAUAUAUUUUUAUUUGUGCUGCAUUUUUAGAAAUUUCACCUCCCACAAUGCCUGAUGUUGAGGUCCAGUAUCAUGAUAAACUCCUGAAAGAGCUAAGGGAUAACAUGAGUCAUUCAUCUGCACAAGUAAGCAGCUAAUAUCCCAACAGUAUUUGAUUUACUGUUACUUCUGGUCACUUUAAAGUGCCUCUGGUUCAUUCAAUUUUUUCAUUCGUCUUCACUGUUGGCAGAUUAAUUAGUCUUCUGUUUACUUGGAGCUCCUUAAAAGUACUCUGUUGAACUUUAUAUAUUCAUGGCAAUAAUCCUAAUGCCAAUGACGUUCUAGAACACAACCGCAUUUGUUGUUUUUUUCUUUUUUCUGUAUAUUCUCAGAUUAAUUAGCUAUUUUUCCCUGAAGUUUUGGCCGCUAUCUUGCUCCUGAGUUUGACUUACACACUGAUUGUAGAAGUUUUAUUGGCUAGGCCUUGUGUUUCUUGUUACACUAGUGCCUUAUGACUGAAACGAUUGGCAUUAGUACCAGAAUACAAGAUCCCAGUAUUCCUAAGAAAAAAACUUGGUCUCUAAUUAAUUAGUCAUGCACAAUUUUGGUGACGACUUUUUGAUUGGCACUCUGUAUUACAUGGUGAUUAUAGAGGGCUUAUUGGUUCUUGCUAUUUUUGUGUACUUAAAUUUGUUCUCUUUGGGAUUACAUUGCUUUAGUUAUUAUGGAAAGCAUUCGAGUUUUGGGUACGGAUUCUACUGUUAUUCCACUUUGUAUUCUAUCUUAUGUCCAAUUCUCUCUUUUCAGCACCUCUUUUUCUAAUUCUUCUGUCUUCCAGUUGGGACCCUUACAAGAUUUCAUGUAUAUUGGCAGUGUUAUUUUUUAUGUAUACUAUUGUGUUAAUUUUAAUAUCGUUUUUUAUGUAAUUGUGUUAUCAUCCUUCAUUCAUUAUGCUUCUGUCUUUAGAAAAAAUAAUUAGUAAAAAAUCCAUCAGAAGAGCGGGUAUAACUUCUCACUUUCGUCACAAUUCAAUGAGAAUAUUUCAUUUAAUUUUUUCCUUUUUUUUCAUUUGCUAUUACUUCAUAAUCUUGGAUUCUGCAACAAUCUGGUAAGUGAAAUAUUCAUAGAAUGGUUUCAGGAGAUGAUUCCAACAAAGAGGAACUCCCCAGCAGAAGUAUAGCUCAUGAUUUUGAGGAUAUUAUCCAGGUUUUGAGGAUAGGAAUUUGGACCACAGGAGAUGUUUUGAUAAUAGGACCUGCCUGGUCCAUAUCCUGAAGUAGACUGUAUGCUGUGAAGGAUUCCGUGACGCCCUAUCUCUCUCUGUAGCAUCCAGUUUUGCUAGAAAACGGCUACCAUAUUUGAAUGUGCUAUUUUCUGGUAAACCUUAUAGCAAAAAUUAUUGCUUUGUUUCCUGGUGUAUGGGUUGCCCUCUAGGUCAGCUGAACCUGGAUUGAAAAUAUGAUGUUAAGAUGGGAAUCUUUUUGAUAAUUUCUAUAUACAAUCUUCAAAUUUUCGAUGAUAGUUGAUGGCUUUAGUGUAUGAAGAUUACUUCUAGGUUUGAUACAAAUGAGGCUUAGGUGGAUUUUCACUUGUCAAUUGUCAAAAUAUAUUGGUGCUUGUUAAUUGGUUUGCUGGCUGUUUUUUUUUAAAAUUAUUCUUUUAUUUUGCAGGUUCGAGAAGCAAUCGGUGUUGCACUAUGUAUUGUAUGUUCUAAUUUACGACUCUUCUCCUCCCACAUUCAGUAUCACGAAAACAGUGGUAUGGCUGAUUUGCCUGGAUGUGACGAUUUGGCCCUAUCUUUUAAGGCGCAUGCCUUAGAAUUAACUGGGAAUAUCCAGAAUUUUAGUCCAUCCGAGAAUCCAGUGUCAACAGGCGAUGUAACGAAUGAAAAUGGUUCAGCAGAUAUGAAAUUAAAUGCUGAUGUUAGAAAGAUGGAAACGGUGAUUAUUCAGAUAAUGUUUUAUACCAGAUGUACUACCCCUUUUCUCCAUUCUGAUUCAAUGCACUAACAUUUUGUAAAUUUCUGCAGAUGUUUCAUUUCACAAUCUCAUCACUAAAAUCUGGAAGAUCUUCAUAUUUGUUGGACAUGAUUGUUUCUCUUAUUUAUCCCGUAUUAUCUUUACAGGUAACAAUUUUCUGUUAUACACUCUUUGUAAUCUUCAUGCUUCAAUCUUGUUCUGUUAAUCACCAGACCUUUUAACACGCACUGUAGUUUUCCACAAAAGAAACAUUUUCAAAUUGUGGAUGCUGGAUUAAGGAUAUUGAAAAGCUUACUUUUGUCGAUAUUGUUUAGAAAUAUUUAACAGGAAAAUUGUAACCAAAUGAGAAAGCACAUUUCAUUGGUUGAGCUUCAUUUCUUGUUGAUUUACACUUUCAAGUGCAAACCCAGUGUGCAACUGACAAUAGAAAUUUUUAGUUUUUUUGAAAGAACAGCAACUAGAAUUUUCUUGUUGGAUGAACAUAUUUCUCCCUUGUUGCAUUAUUUAGGUUUAUUUUUGAUGAAAUUUGAUUCUUCCUGCAGGAAACAUCUCAUAAAGAUUUAUCAGCCUUAGCCAAGAGUGCAUUUAGGUUACUCAAAUGGAGGGUUCUUCCUCGUCCGCAUCUAGAAGAUGCUGUCUCUGUGCUCCUUUCUUCAACCAGCGAUCCAAACUGGCGAACAAGAUUAGCUUCUCUAACAUAUCUCCAAACUUUUAUGUACAGGUCAGUUCUUUGACUAAAUUUUGGCUACUUUGAUUUGCUUUUAUGGAAGAGAUGCCAAAUGUCACAAGCUUGGCUGUCAUGUUAUCUUUCUCGUAUCCAUGGUCAUUUUUUUUACUUUAUAUUUUUCUUUGUAGUACAAAUGGCGUUAGGCUAUUGUUUUGUCUCUUUAUUAUAAGCUUCAUUCUUUCCAAAGAUUAUUACUAAACAUAAUCAUUAACAAUUGGUUCGUGUUUAUUGUGGGUUCCCUCAUCAUGCUUUACUCGUAAAGUGUCAUAGUAUCACAACUAGGCAUGAUCUAGGUUAUAUUUAUCUUGUUUGCAGAAGCUUGGUUUUUUGUUCACUGGUUGAUUUUUUGCCUAGCAUGGCACUAUAGGUUGGGGAGUCUGCUGAACCUCUGUGCAAUCACAGACUCUAGCCCUUUGACCUGAGAAUGUUGCUGACUGUUGGGCCAGCCCAUGUAGAUUUUUUGAGAGCUUAGGUAAUUACAUCAAUAUGGUUUCGAAUAUACAGUGAAAUGUCUGGAUCACUGUCACUGAGCAUAAUUAUUCAGUUAAAGAAAAACAAAUGUGGGUUUGGGACCAGACUGGCAAUGGGGUGAGCAUUGAUCUGAAACAAAAAGAAUGGCGGAUUUGUCUAAAACAUAAUAAAAUUUUAAUGUCAAUCAUUUUUCUCACAUCUUUUCAGUUAAAGAAAUAAAGAAAUAAAAAAGUAAAGGUACAACUUAUCCUGACACUUCCCCUCUAGAUGGAUAAUGGAUAUCAUUCAUUCCCAACUUGAAUACAUAAUGUUAAGAUACAGUCCAAACUUUUAGUAAUUAUGUCUGCGAUUUGAUUAUUUGUGGACACAGGAUGUGCAAAUCAGUCUGCUUUCUAAUUUCUUCUUGAUGAAGUGCUGAUCAAUCUCAAUGUGCUUGGUUUUGUCAUGUUGAACUGAACUGUGCACUAUGUUGAUUCCGGCUCAUUGUCAUAGUAUAGUCCCAUUAGACCAUCUCUCUUGAUCUUCUAGUUUUCACAUAUAUCUUGAGUCAUGACUUAGAAUUCUAUUUUACGGCUCAUUUCUGCAUUGACCUUGCUAUCAUAUUUUACUUCUUAAUCUGCCAUAUUGUAAGACUUUCACCAAGGAAGGUGCAAUAUCCAAAGUAGGUCUCUUACACACUAUAUACCCUGCAUAAUUAGCAUCAAGUACUAAUCCUAAAUUAGAAAAAAAUAUCUUUUCUUGGUAUUCCUUUGAGACAAUAUGACACUCAGUGAGCUGUGCAAUUGUACUUACUUUGGAUUGUGUAUAAAUUGGCUAGUCACAUUCGCUGUAUAUGGUAUAUCUGGUACUGUAUGAGAUAAAUAAAUCGGUCUUUAACCAAUCAUUGAUACAUUUCUCUAUUUGCAGUAACAUCCUCUCCUGCUCCACCAAGUUUGAGAUUUAAAUUUAUUCAUUUAUUUGCUAGUUUACAUGCAGCUUUGCUUGUUAUAAGUCCUUCAGAACUUUAUAAUAUACCUUUGUAGGGAGAUAAAAGUACCUUUAUUUGAGUGGGCUACUUCAAUAAUAUGGAAUUAUUUCAACCUUCCUGAUGUUUUGUUAUCAAAUUCCUUAACCAGACACUAGCUUAGAUAUUCUUUUUCUUUUUCUUAAAUUCCAAUCACAAUUAUGCCAUCAACAUAUACUAAGACUGUUGUAACUCUCCUUGAAGAUGAGUGUUUAACAAAUAAUGUGUGAUCUUGUUUACUUUGCGUAUAUGUUAUUACAAUCAUGGCUCUUUUAAACCUAUCAAAUUAGGCCCAAGUUUUUUUCAAUUUGCAAGGAUUUAUUUAAGUUACACACUGCAUUGAUAGUUAAAUUCUUUGUGUCCCAGUGGAACUUUCAUUUAGAUUUCUUCUUCUAAUUCUCCAUAUAGAAAUCUAUUCAUAACAUCAAAUUGAUGUAGAUUUCAGCCGUUAUUAGCUGCUAAUGAUAACAAAAUUUUUACUGUAUUCAUUUUUGCUAUAGGACUGAAAGUCUUUUGGUAGUCAACCCAUAGGUUUAAGUAUACACUUUGACAAUCAAUCAGGCCUUGUAUCUCUCUAUGGAUUAAUUUUCUUGGUAUUUCACUGUAAAGAUUCAUUUACAGCCGCCGGUUCUCUUUCCUAUUGACAGCCUUACUAACUUCCAAGUUUAAUUGUUAUGCAAAGUAUCUAUCUCAUAGUUUGUUUACAUUUUUUCAUUGAACAAAUGCCUCAAAUAGAGUGAUAGGGAUAAGGAUGGUAACAUUUUUUAAAGUAAUAAGGAAAGUUCUAUGAGAUGGUGAAAAAUGUUCAUAGACAGAAUGUGCAAGAAGAUUUAAGGAUCCUCUGAUGCAAUAUCUGACAAUAGGCAGAUCCUCAUUUUAAUUGUUGAUAUGACAUUAAAUUUCAGGUGGAAGUGAAGAACGAAGAGCUGAUACCUUAUUUUCAACAUUAGAGUGAGGUUCUUAGAACUUGCAUAGAUUCCAAGAAAUCCGUCUUCUUUCUUGAAUGCAUAUUGUCAAAUCUCACAUUUUUGACGUAGAGUUGGGAAUCGAGUUAGACAAUUGUUUGGGAGUAGAGUUAGGAUGUGUUGGUGUAGCCAAUGAAAUGGGUAGGAAGAAAUUAUCAUUCAUAUAUAUCUUCAUCAUCUUGAUUCUCCUCAUGAAGAUAAGGUUGGAUAGAGUAGGAUUCAUUUUCAUGGAAGUUGACAUCAACUGAAAUGAAGUCUCUUUCUGAGAGAAGAUGAUAGAAUUUAUAUUCUUUUGUUUGAGACUAUCUAACUAAGAGGCAUUUUAAUGUCCUGGGAUCCAAUUUGCCCCUAUGUUGAUCAUGAACAUGAACAAAUUCUACACACCCAAACAUCUUUGGCACGAUAUUAGUUUUUUGUGAGACAGUAAGAUAAAAAGAUGACAAUUUUCUACUUGGCUUUUGAAUCCUAAGGCACUAAGGCAUAUAAACUGUAUAUGAGGUGAGUAAUCAUUAAAGCUGCCUCCCCAAAAGGAUUUAGGUAUAGUUUUUAUGAAAAAGAAGAGCUCUAGUUACAAGUUUUCCUUUAAACUACCUAGUUUUGUUGUGGUGUGUUAACACAUGAGGAUUCAUGUAGUAUUCUUCUUUUUAGAAAUUAAAGGCUAAUAUUCGAUUGAAAUAAUGCUUAGCAUUAUCUGAUCUGAAUCUUUUAACAUUGAUUCCAAAUUGAUUUUUAAUGAGUGAACAAAUUUUUAGAAGUAUAACACUACCAUGAUUUAUGUCUGAGCAAAAAAAUCCAAGUGAUCAAUGUACAAUCAUCUAUAAAGGUAACAAACCAUCUGGAGCUAGAUGCCCUGUGAGUGGAUGAAAGACCCAAAAUAUUUCAAUGAAUUCGGAAAGGAGUGGAAUUUUUUGUUUUACCUAUGGUAAGUUAAACUUGUCUAUGUUUUGCGAAUUAACAUACCUCACAAUAGAUGUCUGCAACAUUUAAACUUUAAAGCAAAGAUGUAAACCAAGUUUUGAUUGGUGUAAAUGAAGGUUGGCCAAGUUUUCAAUGGUGUAGUCAGUUUUUUGUUCAUAUGAUAGGUUGUUCUCUCCUUUUGUAAUGUUUGAUUGUCCCAAAGAGUGAGCCUUGGGCAUCCUAAGGACCAUUUUAGUGUAUUUUCGUGCAUGAAUGCGUCAAUUCAUGAGAAGGUCCGUUUCAUAGAACUGUAAGACCUAAAUAUGAUACCCGAGACUCAAUUUUGGGCCAUUUUCUCCUUGUCAAAUGUAUCAACUAUAGUUGUUUCUAAAAAGAGAAUCCUCCAAUGAUAUUACGUUAAGUACUAAAGCAAGUGUUGCCUUUGCCAAUCACACGUGGCACAUUUGCCACAUUGGUGUAAUCAGAUCAUGAAACAAGGUUCACUCCCCUUCAUGCUUUAGAUCUUGAAUCAUCCAAUAAUGGAUAACCCUGUUCAUAGCACCUCGUAUUCUGUUAUGUUCAUCUGUUUCUUUUGUGGAUCACGGUUGAGUGCUAUCCCGUAAUUCUAUCCUCAUUUAUUUGGUAAUGUUCUUAACUUCCUGGGGGCAUUGUUAAGGUAAACAGAAUAGCCCUCAAAUUUGACGCUAUUCUUGUCAGGCACACAUUCAUUCUAUCAAAUGUGGAGAAGCAACAGAUCUGGGCGAGUACUGAGCAACUGCUUCUGGACAAUCAAGUAGAGGUUUGUGCUUGACAUUUAGUUGAAAAGCUUAGAUAGCUUUCUUCCAUCAUCGAGUCAUUCUUCCUUGUGUACGUUCAGCAUUAAUUACAGUGUUAAGGUAGGUAAAUUUUUUGUGAUAAGGUGACCAGAAAAGAAAUGCCUUUCUGUUUCAUAACCGAAUUAUAAAGUGCUUUGAGGGUUUAUGAGGAACUCUCUAUCCACCACUUUCUUGAAAUGUCAAGUUCCGACAGAAUUUCAACAAGUUCAAGCACGUUUUGUUUGUUCUAGAUUUAAGGUGCUUUGGAUUUGAGUUGUCGAUACCUUAUUUUUCUGAUGUUAUUCACCAAUUACUACUAAAUAAUACCCUUUAAUUAAGUCCACUCACUCCAUGCAACAGCAGUGACCCAGCCAUUGGUAUGCAGUACGCAUGGGCAGGCAGUCUAAUCUAUGUUGUAGACACUUCCCUUGUCCACUAUACACCAAGUUUCAUAGGGAACAUAGUCGUCAUCUUAUGGCUAGAUGUAGUUCUUAGGUGACAGAGGUGAUAGUGUCAUCAUUUCAGACCCAACUCUGAGGUCUCUGUCCGCCUUAUUUCAUCAGCAACUGGCAUAAAAACUGUUUAUCUUGGUGAUUGCACAGGUUAGAGAGCAUGCUGCCAGAGUUCUUGCCAGUUUGAUAAAUGGAGGGGAUGAAGACCUUGCAAAAGUCUUUCAGGAUCGAGCUCUUGCUGAAGCACUCUCUGUGAACAAGAAACGGAAGAACAGGUUCCGAUCUAGAUCCCCCUCUCCCCGUCCUCCCUGCACCGAUUGGAUUUUAAAAAAAUAAAUAAAUUACCUACUUAUACAGAAACAUUUAAAAAAUGAUUUUUUCUCAGUCACUUAUAGAAACUAUCUGUCAGUGGGAUGAAAUUUUCAGAUCUUGAUGAUUUGGUUGCCUCCCUUUGAUUGACUGAGUUGUCUCAGUUUCAAAUGGCUAGAUGUGUUAAACUGUAUACAGAUCACCUCUACGUGCGCUUCUUUCAUUGCAAACAAUACAUCGAUGACUUGUAACCUGUGGCUGCAGAAACUGGAGAUCAAGUCAGUCCACAGUUUACUUGCAUGGUACUGUCCUUGCACUGGUCGCAACAGUAUUGUCAACUCCCUAUGACAUGCCCAGGUGUGUUACGUGCAAGCACAAAUUUUGACCAUUUUCUUUUCAUGCUUAACUUUCCUUUUUUAUUUUGUUCAAACACGAAUCGACUACCAUAAUGGUGUGCUCCAAACAUUCCCAGUGUUCUUGGGCUAGGUGCGUCUAUAAAAGGACACUGACUGUUAGAUUGUUGUGGGAUUGGAAUCUUUAAUGUUUUAAUCAACAGCCAAGACCUACUCUUUGAUGUUGGAAUCAAUUACUCUUUGACAUGGGUGAACAUUACGGAGUUGUCUUUUUCAUUGCAAUAAUAACCACAAUAGUUAUUGCUGAAAAUCCUCAUCUCUUAAAGAUAAAUAAUUGACACAUUUAUGCAUGGUUACAUAGAUUUUUCUUCUAGCUUUAGGCAGGGCUUUGUUCAGUCUCACCCCGUUUUUGGCAAUCCCUGCUCAAAGAAUUCUUUCUUGGCCAUCAGAAGACGAGAGUCUGCUUUCCGUUCUCCACUAUUUUCCCCUUCCCGAUGCCAUGCGCAUUCUCCUAUUUGCUCAUAACUCAACUCUGAUCAUGGAGGCUAUAUUGAACCUUGAAUCAGGUUAGAUAGAGAACAAGAUGGAGACAGAGAAUGAGAAGAAUCUGUCCUAUACUUUGGUAGAAUAGUCCUCCGUAGAAUGAAAUAAAGGAAAACUUUGUGGCCAUCGUCAAUUGAGUUUGAGUCUGACGGCCUAAUACAUAGGACGAGGUAUCAGAGUUGUUGACUGCUUUUAUGCGCACGGUUUACAUAAAGAGGCAGAUUAAAGUAGUUGAAACUGGAAAUGUCAACUGAUAAUAUGUUGAGGUGCCAACUCCACUCAUCACCAAUUGAUUUGGACUUUGAUGGCCAGAUGUUUAGGCAUGGUUAUUCACUAUAAAACUAUGUUACUCUUCAAGUCAUAUCCGUUUACACAUCACUCUUCUCACUGUUGGUGGAUCAAUGCUCGUCUUGAUUUUCUUUUCUUCUAACCAAGUAGAACAUAGUUCCUCUGAAUAAUAUCAAUAUAAGUACAAAUGGGUUAUUGAGAUAAUAAUAAGGAUAAUCAUAGAAAUGACUUCUGCCAAAGUGGUCCUUGCUCUUUCUCUGCUGCUUAUUAUCUCUGAAAUCGAACUCCAAUGAUUGCAGCUGGCUUCCAGAACAUGUAACCUUGCUCGCUCAGUUUGUCAAUGAGCCAUCUCCAGUCAAAUCAACGGUCACCAAAGCAGUUGCAGAGUUCCGGCGAACUCAUGCAGACACUUGGAUCAUCCAGAAGGAUUCAUUCACUGAGGAACAGCUGGAGGCAUGGCCAUCCAAGUCCUUCGCCCUUAUGUCAUUAUUAAUUAUUAAUUAAUUAAUUAUUAUUAUUAUAAUUAUCUGUGCGAGAUCAAAACUCAUCAACCCAGUCUUGAUCCCAUUUUCAGGUCUUGGCGGAUGCGUCGUCUUCGUCUUCGUACUUUGCAUGA